AUGGCACCGCCGGCGCCGUACAUCGUCGACGAGAUCCUGGAGGAGAUCUUCCUUCGCCUACCCACCCUGGCCGCGCUCGUCCGCGCCUCAACCGCGAGCCCCCGCUUCCGCCGCAUCAUCAGGGCGCGCUCCUUCCUCCGCCGCUUCCGCGCUCUCCAUCCGUCUCCACUCGUGGGAUUCGCCCUUGACAAACAUGGCUUCCACCAAGCCCAAGAACCCCAUCCCUCCGCCCCGCUUGCCCGCGCCCUUGCCGACGGCGCAGAUUUCACCUACUCCUUCGUCCCCAAGCCCAAUGAUGAUCCGCUCAGCCCCUGGUGCCACCGUGACGUUCGCGACGGCCGUGUCCUCCUCGAGUGCAGCUACCUGUGGGACAAAAAGCCAGUCUUUACACACCUGGCGGUGUGCGAUCCCUGGUCACGGAGAAACACGCUGCUCUUUCCCAUACCAGAGGAGAUGACCGUCCAGCAAGAGCGCCUUAUCGAGUUCGAGCCUAUGCUCGCUCCCAUUGGCGGGGAUGAGGAUGAGAAUGAGGAUGAGACCUCGUUCAAGGUGAUCUGCACGGCGCGCUACGAAACCAAGCUGGUCACGUUUGUCUACUCUUCCGUCGCCGUUGAAUGGUGUAUAGCUGCAUCUCCCAGCUGGAACUCUUUGGGCACAGAUGAGCCCCCUGGGAAAGGCUUCUCGUAUUGCAAUUAUUUGCGUGGCUGCUUCUACUGGAGCUCUCUUUGGAAAGACAAGCUUCUCGUGCUGGACACACGCACAAUGGAGUUCUCCACUGUCAACAUUCUCACCGGCUACCAUGUGCAGCUUAUAAACCAGCCUGGUCAGAGUGUGUGCAUGCCUACCAUUGUUGAUGGUACAGAAGGAGCCCUUGAGAUGUUUACUCUUGUUGGUCAUUGCAAGCCUACCUCGUUUUAUAUUUAUCAUACAAGUCAGCAAAACAAUGGCGGACCUUCCAAUGAGUGGCAACUGAAAAAUGUUAUAGCAUUGCCUCCCCGAUGUCUCUAUUAUACCAUGGGUGCAACUGAGGGAUUCUUAUUCCUUCGAGGUGUUCGAGAAGCUCGGUGGGAUGACAAUAGACAUGGGGUCUUUCCUGUGUAUAAUGAUAUCGAUUUUUUCUCUCUGGAUGUCAAGACUUCACAACUUAAGAAGGUCUGCAGCCGCAGGGCAACAAUCUUUGAUUGUCAUCCCAAUCGUGCUCACCCAUUAUUUGGCUUCCCGCCAUCAUUGUCGAAACCGACCCUAUGA